AUGCAUAUAUUUCCUCCAGGCAGUGCACCCGUCACGUCUCGCCCCUAUCACGUUAAUCCCCCGGUGGCGAAACAAGUUGACGCGAUCCUUGACCAAUGUCUUGCGGCAGGUUUGAUCCAACAUUCGACCUCGCCUUACUCGAGCCCUUUGGUAGUCAUACCGAAGAAAUCUGGUGGUGUUCACAUCACCGUCAAUUAUCGCAAGCUCAACAAGCUUUGUGCUUUGAGUCAGCUUCCGAUUCCUCGAGUCGAUGAUACUUUGGACAAGUUGUUGAAAGGGCGAAUUUAUUCCCUUUUCGACAUGAAAUCUUCGUUCCACCAAAUCACGGUGCACCGCGAAACAAUCCAUUUGACGGCAUUCGUGACGUCUUCCGGGCUUUUCGAGUGGUUGAAGAUGCCUCAAGGCAGUUCGGCUGCCCCUGGGUGGUUUUGCAAAGUUGUCAAUGAAGUUAUAAAAAAUCUCCGCGGUGUUGCAUCGUACUUGGAUGAUUUGAUCGUCUUUGAUGACACACCUGCUACUCAUGUUGGUACCAUACGCGCCCUCUUUGAACGCUUGCGUACGCACAACUUGAAACUCACGCCUCCGAAAGCUACUAUUGGUGCUACUGAAGCAGACUUCCUCGGACACACCAUCUCCCCUGACGGCGUUAGGCCUAACGGUGCCAAGGUUUCGGCCCUCACCAAAAUGCCUAUGCCCAAGGAUGUCAAGCAAUUCGUUCCCUUCUCGGUGGUCUCAGCUACUACCGUAAGUUCCUCCCCAGCAUGGCUAACCGCAUUCGACCUCUGA